UGUCUGUCAGACUCACAGACUAUCACACAAUCAGUCGUUUGUUUUCAAAACAAUUUGUAUCACUAAUCAGUUACCAAUCAAUUCACUAAUCACUGGACAUUGCAUGAGAUAUUUGCGUUCAUUUGUCACCAAUUGUUAGCAAACAGUGUUUUAUCGACAAAAUGGGCAAAGAUUGUGAAUCGGAUGAGUUGCUGAAGAAGCGGUUCAAAGAGUUGAUAAGUGAUCUCAAUUUGGACAAAACCAGUGCCGACGAGGCCUGGCUCUCGUACCAGAGGAUUGGCAUCAACUACACUCUCGAGGGAGAUCAGUUACACUGGUUGUCGUGCGCGGUAUACGUGGCCUGUCGUAAGUGUGUGACACAAACGGUGGGAAAAGUGGUGAAAAUUGAGGGCAAUUUGGUUUCGUUGACUCGUUUGCUCCGCUUCUGUAAACUCAGUUUGGUGCAGUUCUUCAGCAAAAUGAAGAAGUGGGCCGAUAUGGCCAACUUGUCGGUCGAUAUGCGACAAAAGGUGAACCAUUUGGAGCGCAACUUCAAUGUCUCCACCAAUAUCUUCGUUAAGUACAAAGAGAUCUUUGAAAACGUCUUCAGAGAUCCCACUGUUGUGGUCAACAAAAAUGCUAAGAAUCGCAAGCAGAGUCGCAAGCAAUCCAUCUCUUCGGCCGAGAUUUUCUCGUUUUGCUGGACUCUCUUCGUUCAAAUCAAAGCCAAUUUCCCGCAAAUAAGCGACGAUUUGGUCAACUCUUUCCACUUAUUGCUCGCGUGUAUUGAUUACUGUUAUUGCAAUUCACUGCUCGUCGACAAUGCAAUCGAGUUAUUGAAUCCUAACUUUAGCGAGGUGUCCAAAGAUUUAGCUGAAGACGGUUCCAAAAAGAGUGACCGCCAGCCCUGCAUAAUACAGGCGCUGUGCGACAAAUGGAAGGCUAUAUCACUGGAGGCCAAGACUAUCAAAGAGCACUGGUGUAAGCCAUGCAUCAAACGUAUGGUAGAAAAAGACAACCUCAAGAUCAAGAACUGUGGCUUGAGUGCCACGGAUUUGCAUGAACUCCUGCAGAGCAGACAGAACCACAAGAACGCUGAUCAGCCAAACCCUAACUCUUUGGUGCCGACCACUCCUCUCACAAAUCGCCAGUAUUUGAGCCAAAGACCGAACAUCACUCCAAUGACUCCGAUAGCCAGCGCUACGAAUAGCGUGAGUCGACUUCAGUCCAUACUAUUGGAGAGAAAGGAUGAGCCGUCGGAAGCGCUCGAAUCCAUAUUCAAACUCUGCAUUAGAAACCCAAAGGAAAAGAUUAGAGUCUUAUUGAAGGCAAUGGGAGAUAAGUUUCUCAAUGCAUACAAUAACGAUAUGCAGUCCUCAUCCCCGGCCUCUAGAAUGCUAUCCAGCAAUGAAGAGAUGGGUCCGCCUUCGCCCACACCUAACGCACAAAACGACGAAUUUUCCAAAAAACGCUUAAAGCUAUCGAUUAGUUUUUACUACAAAUCUCUGGAAAAUAUUUUGUUGAGUGAAAAGAAGAGAAUCCCUUCGGAAAAGCUGAGCGAAAGUCUGACAACGAUUCUCGAGAAGGAUUCGUUUCACUUGUCUUUGUUCUGCUGUUCCCUUGAGAUCGUGCUCUUCUCAUACAACUCGAGACAAACGUUUCCAUGGGUUGUGGAGGUGUUCUCAGAGGCAACUGAUCUCCGUUUACAUCCCUUUAACUUCUAUAAAGUAAUCGAACCCAUCAUUCGUGAAGAGGACGGCCUCUCCAGAGAUGUCGUCAAACAUCUCAAUUCGAUCGAAGAGAAGAUUCUGGAGAGCAUGGCCUGGAAGUCAGACUCACCCCUUUGGGACCUCAUUCGCACCAAUGGCUCCGUCAGAGCAUACGUGCCCUCAUGUGUCGAAGUGUCGCUUCCCAUGAAUACCUCCGGAAGCACUCCAUCUUCUGUUUUCAAUUCUCCGAUCUCUCAUCUCAAGAAAAAUGAGAUCCAUUUGACCACCGGUUCCAUCACUGAUCGAUUCGCGUCUCCGUUCAAGAGUUCGGCCAAAAGACAACUCUUCGGUUCUAUCAAAUCGGAGUCUCCGACCACAUCAACAGCCGGUGCUUCACAAACGGGACAUAUCGUGCAAAUGGUGAUUCCGGGUCAGUCCAUACCAUUUAGUCUAUAUUGGCGUCAAUUUUACUUACGUUUUGUUGUUAAUUCAGCCAAAAUAGGAAACGGCGAAAUACAGUACAUUCAGGUGCCGGCCAUUGCUCUCACUUAUUCCCAACAGAGCCCUAGCAAUCAAACGGAGACCACUGUCACCGAAAAUACUAAACCAGUGAAGUCGGGACCAAUUGGUCUCUUCUUCCGAAAGGUCUACACUAUGGCUGGACUGCGACUCCGAGACCUAUGCGAUCGCCUCAACAUUGGCGACGAAGACAUUCGUAAGAAAAUCUGGACCUGUUUUGAGCACUCGCUUCGACAGCACACAGACCUCAUGCGUGACAGACAUUUGGAUCAGAUAAUAAUGUGCGCCUUCUAUGCCAUCUGCAAAGUGACGAAACAGAGUCAGACAUUUCAGGACAUUAUGAAGUGCUAUCGACUCCAACCACAGGCGGCCAGUCAUGUUUACAGAAGUGUUUUAAUGAGUUCUAUCCGAAGACGGCGUCACUCGGGAAGCAGUGACACGAGCCGUAACUCGGGCUCGAGUUCACCGCUUAUGCAGGAGGAAAGGGAUCGCAUUCGUUCGUCGAGUACUCUACCAGUGCCCCACCCCAACAGUCAGCCCCCGACCCCCACACGCGUUGCCGGCACUGGAACUCAAUUCGAGUUCGAAGAGCGCGGGGAUGUCAUUAUGUUUGGGAUCGCAUUCGUUCGUCGAGUACUCUACCAGUGCCCCACCCCAACACCCCCGACCCCCACACGCGUUGCCGGCACUGGAACUCAAUUCGAGUUCGAAGAGCGCGGGGAUGUCAUUAUGUUCUACAAUAACGUCUAUUUGCCUGAACUUACCGUUAAAUACAUAAUGAAAUUCUCACCGAAUAUUUCCGAAUCGCCUCCACUCUCACCGUUGCCGCGACUCAACGCAAACCCGAUGUCUCCCUAUCGACGAGUGUCUCAACGCUUUCCGCUGUAUAUCUCUCCCCUAAAGACAGCGAACUUCCCGCCGUCACCCAACCGGCCGAUGUCCUACCGGUUCCAAAGCAGUCCCGCCAAAGACUUGCGGGCCAUCAAUACUAUGAUGAGAGGCGGGUCGUCGUCUCAGAGGGUAAGCAAACGGAUACUACAGGACGACAUCGAGAUCGGAAAGAUCAGCGAAACAAAGUUUAGUCAACAAAACCAUUACAUUCGGGAAGCGAUGACUCGACUCAGGAAUCUUAGGGGCGAACCGACCAUUGCUUUGAACCGAAUCGCCACUAAUGGCGACCAAAAUGUGGUCACAAAUCAUAAUCAUUUGAAAUUGAGUUACGAAAAGGAUCUGAAGCUCACUCUAUACAGACAUUGGAGUCUAUACGAGAGUCUUCGGCACACAAUGUAUAUCUCCAGCAAAUUCAAGAUAUGGAGACUCAGAGGACACAAGCGUUUGCUGGCAUUCCUCGCAGAACUCGGACUUCCGUUAUCUCAAUGCAAACAGAAGUUCUCGUCAAUGGAUUUGGAGCUCAGGAAUAACGUGAAGCAAUGGAUCGAAGACUUGAGCACUAAAUACCAGUUGCAGCAGAUCAUUGGCCACUCAUUCAUCGCGAACCGCGGCUUUAAACAUAAAUACAACUCCAAUGACGUGGCCUUCGCCGCCAGGGCUCUGCUCGAGUCGGCCGACAGAGACAAACGCGUGAACCAGAAGUUCUUCGACGCCAUCGACUGUCUGUCGCCGAAUAACAUGGAAUUACUGGACAAAGGGUUGGAUUCGGCGAAACUCCAGUUGUCGGCCAUCUUAAAGCAGGUGCAGGUGAUUGUGGACGCACACAAGAUAUCGCUGCUCAAUGACGUGCUCUGGUAUACCAUCAUUCCUGAGAGCACUCCCGACGCCAACCUCUUCUGCUACUCGGGUGCUCUCAACCUAUUGUCUCAAUACGUAUUGCACGCAUUGGCCGCAACCAAUCCCAAGAGCAAGAAAAGCAUUCGUCUGCCUCUGGUUCUCAUUACACCGAACCCUAACAGACCGGGAAUGGCGAUGGCCUGUGGCAUCCCUCCCAUCAACUCAAUCAAUAACGGACUUAAUUUCUUCAGCAAAGCUUACAUUCAAAUCAGAGAUAAGUUAGAAGAGUGCCAAAUAGAGCACGAUUUGGUCGACCCCUGUGUGGCGCACCUGCCCUACCCUCAGGCCAUCAACUUUCUCAAUGAACUCUCAUUACUACUCUAUUGA